AAACUAUUCAAAAUCGAUGAAAGAAUGGACGUUUCUCAUCUAUCGAUUGAAAAUGAGGGUAGUUCGAAUAGGAAGAUCAUCAAUAAUACCUAUCGGAUAUUAAAAAAGAUAGGACAGGGCCAAUUUGGUAAGGUAAUGCUAGCAGAAAAUAAAAGCAUUGAAAAAAGCCCCAAGAACAAGUAUGUAGCUAUAAAGACCAUCAAUCGUAUUGAUAAGACGCGUCUUAUAACGAAAACAUACUUGAGUCAUACGACCAAGAUAAAGAGGGAAAUUCAAAUAAUGAAAGGUUGUAAACAUCCCAAUGUUGUUCAACUAUAUCAAGUUAUUGAUGAUUUAAAAUACGAUAAGAUAUUGCUAGUGUUGGAGUACUGCAAAUAUGGUGAGGUUGAUUGGAAAAAUUAUAACCAUUAUCAUGAAAAACACAAUAAGAAUGGAGAGGGACUUACUUUGAAUAAGUUAUUAAGGGAUGUAAUAAACGGUCUUGAGUACCUCCAUGACUACAAGCAUAUAAUACACCGUGACUUAAAACCAUCCAACUUAUUGAUCAGUGCUGAUAAAACCAUUAAGAUUUCUGAUUUUGGAGUUAGUCUAAUUCUUGAAAAUAAUGCUAAUGAUGAUAAAGAAUUGGGUAAAACAAUGGGUACCCCAGCAUUUUUUGCUCCUGAACUAUGUCAAUUUGUUAAUAAUAGAUUAUCCAUGCUUAAUGAUGCCGACAGAGCCAAGAGUAAAAUCGAUAAUAAAAUUGAUUUAUGGUCAUUAGGAGUAAUUCUUUACUGUUUAGUAUUCCAUAAUUUACCCUUCAAUGGUAAUAACGAAUUCUCCCUUUUCAAAAAAAUCGUCACAGAACCUUUAAAGUUCCCUCAAAUCAAGAAAUCAUCACGAACUACAUUAGAAGAUGUUAAUGAAUUAAAGUUAUUAAAAGAUUUGAUCAAUAAAUUACUCAUUAAGGAUCCUAAGCAAAGGAUGACUAUAAAAGAUAUAAAACAGCAUGCUUUCACCACAUUUGACUUACAAAAUUCAAAACAAAUAAGUGAAUUCGUGGAGUUUAAUAAGAAGUUGAUUUCAAAUCAAAAUAAACCUAUAUCAAAUGAAACUGGUCUUGCUACUAAGAUAAGAAGAUUCUUUAGUAAUAAGCCUGAGCCCUCUCCGGCUCCUCCUAAUCAUGACAUCAUUCAACAACAAAAAGAACACGAAAUCAAUGAACAAAAAUUAUUGAAUGAUCCAACAUCAUUAAGUAACUUAGAACCCGUUGAUGAUCUACUCAAUUCGUACUUUGAUGACUCAAGCUCAAUGGGAUCUCUUGAAAAGGAAGAAGUUGAACCUUAUGAUACCUCAGAGGUAUUGAGGUCUCUAAACGAUGAUAACUUAAAAGAACAAGAUAAUACUUUAAAGAACCCAUCGUUUGAAUCGAAGAAUAAAGUGGGUGUACCACCUCCAUUGAAAAUUAAAGAUUCAUUUCAUGAAAAGAAAAGUAACUCUGAUCCUUCACUCAAUACCAUCACAACUGCCCAGAAAACUCCUUUAUCGACACAGACGUUUAACCAUUCUCCUAUAAUGACUCCUGGAACAACUAAUGAUGAGAUAAUCACUAUUGGAGCUGGAUCUCCAUCGUCGAUCAAAUCAAUGAUUAGUCCCUCGAGAAGAUUUUUUAGCAGAUCCAAAAAAUCAACCAAAUUACAAUCAGCAGAGUCCGAGAAAAAGCCAACAAUUAGUUCAUUAUCAUCACCUGAGAAGAAACCCAAGGAAAGAUUACAAAAUACCAAAAAAUUUACUGAUUUGAUGGAACCUCCACCUAUAUUUGAUUCAAUUUCACUGAAAGUUUUCAAUGAAUCUCCCAAGAAUGUUGCGUCACCAACUUGCUCUAGGAAGAAUUCUGUCUCGUCCUCGAUUAGAUCGGUCGGGCUAACUAGAAUAGCUAGUUCGACAUCAUCAUUGAACUUGAAUGCUUACUUAACCGAUGAUGCAUUUUCAUUAAGCUCAACCACAAAAUCAAAACAUAAAAGACUGAGUCUGCUUUCUAGCUCCAGUUCUCUGGAAGAUACUGAUGUUGAUGACGACAAUGACGAAGACGAUGAUGAUGAUGAUGAUGGAAAUAAUACUACCCUUAACGAUGAAGAUCAUCUUAUGAAUGAACUUUCAAACUCUCCUACUCAACCUACUAGAAAUAGUACUGCUUAUACCGAUAAAAGUAUUAGAAGAAUUCAUUCAAUGUAUCAAACUAAUAAAGAAAAAGAAUCUUAUAAUGAUAUGAUGAUGGAAGAUAACU